CGAAUCCUGACUACAGGCGACAAUUUUCACCAAGUUAAAUCUCCAUACUUCCGAAGCUGACACGAUGGAACGUCAUCACGUGGAGGACAAUUCACCAAUUUCACACGUUGAUAUGCAUCACUCCCAUACAUCGGACUUAUCGUCCCCAUCCUCUCUUUCCUCGCCCAGUCCUACAACCCCGCAAUCAUCUACUACAGUUUCAUAUACCGCUUCCUCGCCAGUACAGCUACACUCGCAUGCUACAGCUGCUCACUAUGGACCCGUCAAGAGGGGGUCUCCGGGACUGACGUGUGUGGUGUGCGGAGACACCUCCAGUGGGAAACAUUAUGGAAUUUUAGCCUGUAAUGGCUGCAGUGGAUUCUUCAAAAGAAGUGUUCGAAGAAAGUUGAUAUACAGAUGCCAAGCGGGAACGGGUGUUUGUUUGGUGGAUAAGGCCCACAGAAACCAGUGCCAGGCGUGUCGACUGAAGAAAUGCUUGCAGAUGGGCAUGAACAAAGAUGCUGUGCAAAAUGAACGACAGCCCAGAAACACAGCACAGGUUCGCCAUGACCAGAUCCCUGCAGAACUGGACAAUCCCUUCAUUCAGUCGCACGUGACUAUCUCCGCCACUCAUCCAGCUUUUAGCCCUCCGGUCAGUGGACGGAUCUUCCCGGGCAUGUCUCAUCCUGAACCCCACUCCAAACUAGAACAGGAGGAGUCCAAUCGAGAAGAAAAUAUAGACGUCACAAAUGUUGAGCCCGAGAGGAAUAUCUCGGUUCAUCCACAUGCGUACCCCGAACCCAUCCUAUACUCCCCAGGCCAGGAAACCACAUACGAAUGCUCUGCCAGACUGCUGUUCGUUGCCAUUCGCUGGGCUAAAAAUCUCCCAUCGUUCGCAAAUUUACCCUUCAGAGAUCAGGUCAUUCUGUUAGAAGAAGCUUGGAGUGAGCUGUUUCUGCUGUGUGCCGUCCAGUGGUCAAUGCCAAUGGAAACCUCGCCUCUUCUACUGGCGCACGAGACUGCACAUGCGCAAAUACCCAACAUCAAAACUGGAAACGAAUACUCAGAUGCACGUUUACUUCAAGAAAUAUUUCGCAGAUUCAAGAACACGCAAGUGGAUCCAGCCGAGUUUGCGUGUUUGAAAGCGAUUGCUCUUUUUAAGCCAGAGACGCGAGGAUUGAAGGACCCACUGCAAGUCGAAAACUUCCAAGAUCAAGCCCAGCUGAUGAUGUUGCAACACGUGCGAUCUAAUUACCCGACACAGCACGUUAGAUUUGGUCGACUGCUUCUGAUGAUCCCCUCGCUGAGAUUUGUACCUUCAGAUCGGGUGGAGAAAAUUUUCUUUGGCAGAACGAUCGGAAGUGUACCAAUGGAAAAACUUCUAUGUGAUAUGUUCAAAGGCUGAACUCAGUUAUCAAACUGUUAGUGAACUGUUCAAAGGCUGAACUCAAAUAUCAAACUAUUCGUGAGAUAUUCAAAGGCUGAACUUAAUCAUUAAACUGUUAGUGAGAUGUUCAAAGCCUGAACUCAAAUAUCAAACUAUUCGUGAGAUGUUCAAAGGCUGAACUUAAUCAUUAAACUGUAAGUGAAAUGUUCAAAGGCUGAACUCAAAUAUCAAACUGUUAGUUAGAUGUUCAAAGCCUGAAUUCAAUUAUCAAACGAGAUGUUAAAAGGCUGAACUUAAUCAUUAAACUGUUAGUGAGAUGUUCAAA